AGCGCCCGCUUGAGGAUCGAGUAUGUUAGCCGUUGGUUAGCCGGGCAUGGUCACGGUAGAAACAGUCGGCCUCUCUCUUGCCAGCCACACUCACCGUCGACGUCGUUCACCGCGUUCGUCGCCCUUGGUGUGCUAGUGUCGAGCGAGCGCCAUCUCUGUGAGACCGACAGCUCUUUAUCUGACCUGAAUGCGCUAGCAACAGUCACUUAACAGAUCUACUCGCCGACACUCCUUACAUUCAUUCGUUCUUUUCUCUGGUCCUGGCCAGACCAGCGGUCACCAGUACCCUACAAUGCCUAAUGUCCCUCAAGUGCGCCCUCGAGAUGGAAGCUCCAACGGUGGUGGUCUCUCCACGUCGACCGUCAUUAUCAUCGCUGUUGUAUGUGGCUCCGUGCUCAUACUCGCCUCCGUCCUGUUCCUCUGGCGAUGCUUCGUGCGCCUCGUCCAUCGCAAGAAGUCAAACCCUCUGCCACCAGUACAACUGCUCGCACAUCAGCGUGGACCGCAUACUACUUCACUGUCGGAGCGCAAAACCUUCUAUUCCAGCGACGCAGACAGCACUUUUGGCCUCACAUACAAAACUGGCCUUGCGCACACACCGAGUGACGGCUCACUGACACCUGGUGGUUCGGUCUACCCAAGCCGGUCGAACAGCGCUAAUACCGAAGAUGGCGUGUCCACCGAAACUGUAUCUGCACUCGGCCAGCCGCUUUCCGUGGACACUGCAAUGCUUCCGAAUCUUGAUGUUGCAGGGGCGACCUCGCGCGAUAACCUAACCCAAUCGCCGAGUACGGCCCUAUCGGACGCGUCGUCCAUACACUCCCAUGUCACGUCCAGUAAUGGGCAUCUGACAGCCCGAACGCCCCGCCCGUUUCCGCGCUCGCAGUCACGGCCGUUGUCCUUGGCGUCGUCGACCGCCACGAUGCAAACAUUCCAGAGCACACAGAGCAAACGCAGCGUUAUCCGCGGGGCGCCGCAUAGUCGACACAGCAGCAUCCAGAUCAUUUUACCUGCCCCACUCGCGCCUGAGUCGUAUCCUUACGAACAACUUGCGAUGAACGCUAUGGGUUCAAGAAGCAGCUACUUCUUCAACAGUGGUCAAGAUGAUGCCUCAGUCCGCGGGAGCGUAGCUUCAGACCAGUGGGUGCAAGGGGGUGCUCGUUCGAUGAGUCUGAGUGGUAUACCGGAGUCCCCCACCGGACCUGCCCCUGGCCCAAGCUACGUCCGCGGUCCCCGCAGUCUUUCGCAGCCUUCACGACCGUCUUCCUCGCAUCAAUCCUUCCGACGCAGUCAAUCACAGUCUCGCAUGGACAGUUCGCCGCUACGAACUCAAGUCACAGCAUACCCGUACCAAAUCCCACCUCCACCUGUGCCGCAGAUACCCGCAGCAUUUGCAGCCGUGCCAAGACCUAGCCCAGAUGCGGAGGACCCACCGUACAGACAGGGCCGCCCGGAGCCCGUGCGCCGUGGGUCGUCGCCCUCUCUCUCUGGGCGUCCCACACGGGAAGCAAGCCGCGGCCGCUCUCAUGCGGACACUGGGCAAACGGGUCCAUCAGAACCCCGGAGACAAAGUUCGCGCUCACGGUCACGAAGGAACACGCUGCGGAAACCGCGGAAGGAGGUAGACGUGCCGCCUUGACCUUGUGGGGAUGUGGAGGUCGCUUCCGACGUCUGUAUCUGACGGUGGUGUGGUUUUGUGCAUGUGUGGACUCGCAAUGUCAUGGACGCCACGCGAGCGAACACUCAUUACUCAUUGUCAGUCAAUGUGCAUGGUAUAUAGUACAACCAACUAGAGCAGUCUACGCAUCGAAAACACUCAUCCGUCACAGGCGCACCUUGGCCUGGGUAGGCCCGAUCUGAGGUACCUGAGCGUGUUCAGCGCUGCGC